UCUAUUAAAAUUAUUCAUAUCAAAUAUUCCAUUUUACCUAAUCUGUUAAUAGAGGAAUUCAGAAAGAAGGCAUUUGUGACUGGGGAAAUUCACACAUUUUCUGGCCUUUUUAAUGAGAAUGAGUUCAACAGAGUACUUCCUUAAAUUUGGUUGGAGUUUAUACCCUGCUUGGGCUUCUUGAUCCCCAACUGUGUUUUACAGAUUAACUUGACCCAGACAUAGACCCUAUCUGCCAUUCUGCAUGUAUCUUAUGGAGGAGGGUAAAGUAGCAAUCUUAAUGAAUACAUAUGUUGUUGGUGUCCUUUUAAUUUUGGUGUCCAGCUCCCUACACUCACUUCUAACUGACUCCAUGGGUUUUUUUGCAAUUGAGCAUCACAGCCAUGUGCCUGGAUUGUAAAUGUCGAUAAGAAACGUGGAAGGCUUCUCCAGACUAGAAGUUAUGAUUAUAGAGAAUGCUGGGCUGCAUAUGAUUGCUCCAUGGCGAAGAAGAGGAGAGCUGAAAAGCAGGCACUGGGGGUGCCAGUUAACAAGCGGAAAUCCCUGUUAAUGAAACCACGGCACUACAGCCCAGACGUGGACUGCAAGGGAAACCCGGACAACAGGAAUGAGGAUGAUGGCCUCUUAGAGACGAAUGAUCACUCCACUGCAGAGGGAAACAUGGUAAAGCCUGUAGAGGAGACCCUUCAUUCACCUGCCCAAGAAAACUCGCUCCAGACAGAAGACCAAUAUGCGUGUUAUCCAGAGCUCAUGGGUAAAUCUCUAAUGCACCUAGGCAAAUACGAAGAAAGCCUGUCUGUGCCAACCAUAAGAGAAAACUUAAACGAUAGUGGCAUCCAGUCUUUAAAAGCAGAGAGUGACGAGGCAGAUGGGUGCUGUACGAGCCAUUCAGACGAUGGAAGGGACAAAGUCCUCAGCUCCCAGCCACCUUUCUGCUCCUCUGGCGACAGUGAAAGUGACUCUGACGGCGCCGAGAAUGGAUGGGGCAGAGGCUCCGUUUCCUCAGAAGACACGGACCCUCACAGAGGCCACAAACACAAGCCGGCAUACUCUAAAAAAGACCUGCUGGAGGUUCCUGGGAUAAAAGCUGAAGGUGACAAAUUUGCCCCAUGUGAGAACAGGUCUGAUUCCGACACCGAAGGGAGUGACCCACAGAACUCCCACACGGAACCCUUGGCUGUCAAAGCCCGGCCUUCCUUUCCAGAGGCUGAAGAUGGUGAGAGCCUGGUCCCCAGUACAGAGGAGCCUGGAGAAGUGGAUGAAGUGAAGGGGAACCUGAGUUUGUUGGAGCAAGCUAUUGCUCUGCAGUCUGAACGAGGUUCUGUCUUCCAUCACACCUACAAGGAGCUGGACUGCUUUCUCCUGGACCACCUGGUGAGGGAGCGGAGGCAACCCAAGGUUACUGACACUGGUGGAAGACAAAUCUUUAACAAUAAACAUUCGCCAAGGCCUGAAAGGAGGGAGGCCAAGUGCCCCAUCCCUGGCUGUGACGGCACGGGGCACGUAACUGGGCUCUAUCCCCACCAUCGCAGCCUUUCCGGGUGCCCCCACAAAGUGCGAGUUCCUCUGGAAAUUCUUGCCAUGCAUGAGAACGUGCUCAAGUGUCCCACCCCAGGAUGCACAGGAAGGGGACAUGUGAACAGCAAUCGCAACACUCACAGAAGUCUUUCGGGUUGUCCCAUUGCUGCGGCUGAAAAGUUGGCAAUGACCCAGGACAAAGGUCAACUUGAUUCUUCCCAAACUGGACACUGUCCUGAGCAAGCUCACAGGACGACUUUGGUGAAGCAAAUUGAAUUUAACUUCCGUUCACAAGCCAUCGCCUCUCCAAGAGCCGCUGCAUCAAAAGAACAAGAGAAGUUUGGGAAAGUACCAUUCGAUUAUGCCAGUUUUGAUGCACAAGUUUUUGGUAAACGUCCUCUCCUACAAACAGGGCAAGGACAAAAAACACCACCAUUUCCUGAAUCAAAGCAUUUUUCAAAUCCAGUGAAAUUUCCUAAUGGGCCGCCUAGUGCUGGCUCCCACACACAGAGCACAAUCCGUGCCAGCUCUUAUGGCCAUGGUCAGUGCAGUGAAGACACCCACAUAGCAGCAGCUGCUGCCAUCCUGAACCUUUCCACCCGCUGCAGGGAAGCCACAGACAUCCUCUCCAACAAACCACAGGGCCUGCGUGCCAAGCAGGGAGCUGAGAUAGAAGUGGAUGAAAAUGGCACAUUGGACUUAAGCAUGAAAAAAAAUCGAAUCCUGGACAAGUCUAUACCCCCAACUUCCUCUCACACGACAAUUUCAACCCCAUCUUCUUCCCCAUUCAAAGCAAGCAGCCUUUUGGUCAAUGCUGCUUUCUAUCAGGCUCUCUGUGACCAAGAAGGCUGGGAUGUGCCCAUCAACUAUAGCAAAACCCAUGGAAAGACAGAGGAGGAGAAAGAGAAAGACCCCGUGAACUCCCUAGAAAAUUUAGAGGAAAAGAAGUUUGCUGGAGAGACCUCUAUUCCAAGCCCAAAGCCCAAGCUCCAUUCAAGAGAUCUCAAGAAAGAACUGAUUACCUGCCCAACACCAGGAUGUGAUGGAAGUGGCCAUGUCACAGGCAACUAUGCAUCUCACCGCAGUGUGUCCGGAUGUCCUCUAGCAGAUAAGACUCUUAAGUCCCUCAUGGCUGCCAACUCUCAGGAGCUUAAGUGUCCGACACCAGGUUGUGACGGUUCUGGGCAUGUGACUGGAAACUAUGCUUCCCAUAGAAGCUUGUCUGGGUGCCCUCGUGCAAGGAAAGGUGGCAUCAAAAUGACCCCUACCAAGGAAGAAAAGGAAGACUCUGAACUUAAGUGUCCUGUAAUAGGGUGUGAUGGUCAAGGUCACAUAUCGGGUAAAUACACGUCACAUCGCACAGCUUCUGGCUGCCCUCUGGCUGCGAAGAGACAGAAGGAGAAUCCCCUCAAUGGGUCCCCUCUCUCCUGGAAGCUGAACAAGCAAGAACUUCCCCACUGUCCUUUGCCAGGCUGCAACGGGCUGGGGCAUGUCAAUAACGUCUUCGUCACCCACAGAAGUUUAUCUGGAUGCCCUCUCAAUGCACAAGCUAUCAAAAAGGUCAAGGUGUCUGAGGGACUAAUGACCAUCAAGCUCAAAGCAACCGGGGGUAUUGAUGGUGAUGAAGAAAUUAGGCAUUUGGAUGAAGAAAUAAAGGAACUGAAUGAAUCCAACCUUAAAAUUGAAGCAGAUAUGAUGAAACUUCAGACCCAGAUAACGUCUAUGGAGAGCAACUUGAAGACCAUAGAGGAAGAGAACAAGCUUAUAGAGCAGAGCAAUGAGAGUCUGCUGAAGGAGCUGGCGGGGCUCAGCCAGGCUCUCAUAUCCAGCCUCGCUGACAUCCAGCUGCCACAGAUGGGGCCAAUCAAUGAGCAGAAUUUUGAAGCGUAUGUAAAUACUCUCACAGACAUGUACAGCAAUCUGGAACGAGACUACUCUCCGGAAUGCAAAGCUCUACUGGAAAGCAUCAAGCAGGCGGUGAAGGGCAUCCAUGUGUAGGAGGGCAGCUCACAGGAAACAGAGGUCACCACAGCAGGGAACUCUAGCAGAUCCAUAGGGGACCUUGCACCCCUGGAGCCUGGAGGCCGCCCCCUGCGUUUAUAAUUGCAACAUUGCACUAAUUUUUCCCUGGCUGACAUAAAAAGGAAAGAAAAACUAUGAUAAACUCUUUGGAUUAAAAGCAAUGCAGUGAAUUAUUAGAUCUCAUUUAUUUUCAUAUCUUUUUCUUUUAUUUCUUCAUUGCACUCUUUAUUUUGUAAAGUAUAUGUAAAAUAAAUGUUACAUUUUAUAUUUUAUUUAUUACUAAUCAAAGAGUUUUUUAUCUUUUAACUGCAUUUUGGAGUCUACCAUAUUUUUACAGGUGUGUUUAUUAAUUUGUCUUCUAAUAGGAUUUAAAUAGAAAUCCUGUUCUCAAAUCACACAUCUUUCUGAGUUUAAAUGAGAAAAAAAACAACAACAAAAAAGGAAGAUGUGAAGGAAAUCCCGGUGUCAUGAUUGCACUAUGGUCAAUUUUGGUUUCUACUGUGCACUUCUUUUCCCCCCUAUAUUGGUUUUUGAUAAUAUGAGCUGCAAAGGAAUAUGAAGAUAAAUGGCGCCCACUAGUGGGAAAUCCAUGUUCAUAAAAGCACAGGAUGCUGGCAAACAGCAUGCUCAAAACUUGAUAGCAAUAAUUAAAUAAAAUAGUCAGCAGAGCAUUCCACGUGGCUGCCCGGAUUUAAUUAAUAUGAAUUAUUUAUUUGAGCUGUUCAAAGCAUAGAUUUUAAGUGAAUCAGAUAUGUCUUUUUUUUUUCAAGUCAGUCACAUUGGCUAGUUGGCAACCCUUCCCCAAGAUGAGAAAUAAGCUUUGAUGUGACCAGUCAAGCUUCUCCUGCUAUAUGUUAGUACAAUAUUACAAGUGACAAUAUUGGUAUAGAAUUUUACUUAGCAAAUACAGACACAUACAAAUGGAAAUUUUGUAGAUAACAUAUCCCCUGAAAUAGCAUGUAUCUUACUAGGUUGACUGGAAAAGAGUGGAAAACAUAAUAAGACAGGAAAAGGUGUUAUUCCAAUCUGAAUAUUGGCAACAUUGGUCUGCACUGCCCAUAAUAAGACAACUUUCAAUUUGAUAUAAUCCUUGAACUACACACACACACACACACACACACACACACACACACACGCAUACACACACAGUCACAAACACUUAUCCACACAUGAAAUUGAGUCUACAAUCUCAACUGGAUCAGAGUUUAGUAAUUGCUGUAGAAAAGGCAAUGUCUAUUUCAGGGACUGUAAAGUAGUUUAAGCAUUCUUUCAAAAGUUUUUUUAUAUUUAUUUUUUUUAAUGAAAAGGUAUAGACAACCAGCUAAACUGCCUUUUUGGUGUGCACACACAUUUCAUGUGCAGAUGUGCCUCUGUGUAAAUGCACACAUGAACUUUAGUGUGAGCUUAAUUUUCUGUGCUAUAAUAAAAGCGUUUAUUUUUUUUAGCCUCAUGAAUACUUAGAUUUAGUGCGAUGGCAUUCACAGGCUUGAAUUCACUGUUACUGUUACCUGCUCUGAUACAUGAAAAGUGGUCCAGUCGCUCGCUCCGCUCUCACGGAUCUGUGGUUCCUGUUAUGCAUCAGGUGGGGCUUAUCUUUGGCUUGGGGUUCAUUUGAACUCUUGAAUCUUAGUUUAGUGAAAAUGAGAUGUCUGUCCUUAGGUAGGGAAAGGUGUUUAUUUAAAACUCAGUUCAAAAGAAGCAGCCGCCAUGAGUGGUGUCUACUGAAAACGGGACACAAAGUUUCCUAUUGAAGUAUGUCUCUGAGCAUUUUGCUACACAGUACUUCAAAGAAGCACACAAAUGGGCUCACUUAUUACAAAGGCAGAAGUUUACUUUGCUAAAUAUUUUAACAUGUUUGUUAUAUAUUUUAUUUAAAGAGAUCUCUUGCAAACCUAUGUAUUUAUUACUAUAAUUUACAUGGUCUCAGUUAAUUUAUUUGUGUUCACAUAGUUUUAUGAAGGGUGUCUGUAUUUAUUUGCCGCCUUGGUACUUGCGUUUUGUAACAUGCACUGAGUUGUUUCCAUUUCAACUGUGUUAAUGACUGAUACUGUAAAUUGGAUCUUUUGUAAACAAAAUGGGCAAUGAUGUAUGCGUUUUUAUUUGAAGUAGUUUGUUUGUAUACUGUUUCUCCAAACAAUUACUAUUUCUUACAUCAAUGCAACAAAAUUGUGUUCAGUGCUGUACAU